AUGAAAUCACCAUUGCAAUCAUCUUCAUUGUUCACAGCAGCAGCAGCAGCCGCGUAUGGGUUUGAAGGUCGUAGGUUCUUUCCACAACAGCUUACACCUCCAGAAGAGUCAUUUGAUGAUGAGAAUCAGCUACCGACACCUGAAGAAUUUGAUAAGAUUGUGAGCGAUUACCUAAACAACCUUAGUCCCAAGAAGAGAGACAAGGCCUUGGUGGAUCAAAAACGGUACCAAGUGAUCCAACAAGUGCUUAAGGAUCCUAGGAAUACGGCGAUCUCCACAGCACAAUUCCGUUUUUGGGUCAAAAAGAUGUUCCAAUUGCAGCCUGGUACGGUGGGACUUGUGUGCCACGAUGGCAAGCCUGUAGCAAUGAAAGAGCAAAUCUACUCGAUCCUUGUCCAGGCACAUAGAGAAGCUCAACAUGGUGGUCGAGAUAAAACAUCAGCCUUAGUGAGAAGAAAGUUUUCUUGGAUUCCAAAGGAGCUCGUGGCAAGAUUUGUACGACAUUGUCCCUUUUGCAUCACACGUAGAAAUGGCGGGCAAAGCCCAGGGGUUUUUACACAACAGCAUAAGAUGCACAAGCCCAAUCAGUGCAUCAACAACAAUACUCCCAGGCACAGCUUUGAUGCAUCCUUUUUAUGUACACCUUCCAUGUACGAGGAUAGUGAUUUUUCAUCCACUACAGAGAAUGGUUAUGGAGCAUCACCAACCAGCUAUGCCUAUUCCUCAUCCACUUCACCUGCAAGACGCGAUAGCACAUCUAUGUACGAUAAGGAAGAAGAAGACUUUUUACAAGCAUACGCACGUAACGGAGGAUUCCAUCCUUUUAUCACUCAUCCCAAUGCAACGGCAGCAGCAGCAGCAGCAGCGGUUGCGGCUGUAGCUUCAACAUCCACAACACCAUUUUCCACAACUUCUACUACACGUACUCCUAAUUCCGGUGCACCCACGCUCUUUGAUGAUCAUACAUCCUCACCUACGUCACAAAAUAUUUUCUACCAAGCAUCCACAGCAGCAGGGUAUCUAGGGUAUCCAUCUUAUUAUUACCCCAAUGUCCUGGGAAUUGUCCCAUGUGAUAACACGCCAACAGGUAUUGAGAACCACCACCAUCAACCACCACCACCCGUGGAUUCCACUGUCACCACCAAUAGCCAUCCAUCAACAGAAGACACUACAGCAGAUAUCCUUGCCCAUCAUCAUCGUCAUUCUCAACAACAGCAACAACAACAACAACAACAACCUCUUCCACCUACUACUCCAUCCAAUAAUACUUUUAUGACUUAUCCAAACGACGAUACCAAUAGCAACAAUCAUGUGCUCUUAUGA